CGCUUCUACGCGGGUGAAGGGUGGCUAAGGUUUGGGCUCGAGCGAAUCCAUUGAGAGGUAGACGAUUCUCUCUCUAUUUCAAAACUUUAAAACGCAGCAAAACGUUCGUUGACUUGACAACAGAUUCGUUCAUGUCGCAAAGAUGAGUCUUGGGAGGUAAACUAUUACCGAAUGCACUCGAAAUCUCUUGAGUGUUCAAUAGGUGCCAGGUGUGUCCUGCUGAGGAGGACCCAGUGGAGGCAGCAGAGAGUACCCCUCAGACAGAGCCCAGAGAGGCUGCAUCACCCGACAUUGAACCAGAACCGCAGGAGGAGCCAGAGCCCCAGAGGGCCGCUCAUCCCCUCGUUCAAGCCCAGAGCCAGAGCGAUUAAAGACAGUAGAGCCUGAACCUAAACCAAAGGCCCAGGACGCCAAAGUAGCACCUGAACCGGUGACCCAACAACCACAGAAAGCAGAGGACUGCAACAAACCUAACACCACUACCAAGUGAGCUCCAGGCUCAGUGUGCACCCAGCUGUCAGUGUGGAGGAUGUGGAUUCCGGCGGAGAGGGAGGGGGUGGCGGGGGGGAGCACCACCACCACCACAUUCCCCAAAUCCUUACCCUACAGGACCCCAACUUCAAGACCCUGACCGUACCCGGAGUGUCCAAAACUAGCCGUCAGUGGUGAGCGCAUACUCCCAAAUGAAAUUGCCUCCACAUAAAGAUAUUGUCCAAAUUUAUUUCCCAACCUCUGAUAUCCUCUAAAUUGGUGUUUUCUUUUUUCCUUCUAUAUUGCUUUGGUCAACAGUAAAGUUGCUGAAAAAGAGUAAGAAUGGAGAACGUCUAUAAAAUACAGUGCAUCUUAGUUUCUAUUUCUAUUUCAUUCUAUUUAAGCCCCCCCCUCCCCACACCCCCAACCUCUUUAGACAGUGUUUAGUGUCCCUUUACUUGUCCGUCUACUGUCUGUCUCUCAAUAGCAUGUUCAUCUAUGUUUGUAGUCUUUUGUUCUGCUCUGUUUUAUUGUGUUGUGUUGCUGUGCUGUUCUAUCUUGUGCUGUUUUCUAUUGUUAUGUGUCUGUUCUGUAGUCUGAUACCGCUGCGAGUCAUGUCAACAGUAAGUGCAAUAAAUGGAUAAGUAAGUACAACAAGAGUAUCUUGCACUAUCUUCAACCUGUCAUCUGGUUGUGUGUUCCGUCUGUGACUAAUUGUAUGAAUGCUGUUAGUGAUUGUUGUUGUCAUUGUGAUUCUCUACCUCUCCCAUCUCAUUCUGUUUCUCACACACACACACAUACUUCCCUGCCCCUGUUGAUGGAACCAUGGACUGACCUAGUGAGAAGAAACCCAAGAAUAUCUGGACCAAUAUGUAAGAUGUGUAAUCAUUGUCACAUCAAGGAUCCAUCCAACCAUCAACAUUCAUCCCAUCAUCAGAAAUUCACCUGUCACAUGUGCUCCCUCUCUGGCCUUUAGGUGACCAGGCUGCUCGUCACCAGCGUUUACGCGCAUAAUGACACUCACCUGGACUCCAUCACCUCCUUGAUUUACCUGUCCUUUAUAUGUCACUCCCUUUGGUUUCUUCCCCAGUCAUCAUUGUUGCUGUUUCAUGUCCGUGUGCUGUUUGUGUUUAUUGUUUUGUUCAUUUAUUAAUUAAAUGCAUUAACUCCCUGAACUUGCUUCCCGACUCUCAGCGUACAUCGUUACAUCACCCUUACUGCAUCCUCACUCCUUCACCCCUUCCUAACCUGUGUGGUUUUCUGUUCAAAUGUAUACUGCUUGAAAAAGCUGAUGCUCAAGAUUGUUCAGGGCCUCAUUCAGUGUACAUGAGAUUUGUGUUGAAUGUUCAGACAACAUCAUUUCACCAUGUUCCACAUACUGUAUUCCCUAUACUGCCAUUCCCUUCCUGUGUAAACCGUAAUGCCCCGUGGUAAGGCCAAGACUGCAGGGAGCACUCUAAUAACAGAGCAGGUUCCAAAUGAUAGCAGCCAUAGUUUUUCCAUCGGUCUGUGUAUCAGGCACUGCUACAGUGUUAUUCCCUGCCUCCCCUCCACAGAAAGAAGUUGUACUCUCAGAGUGAGGAGGAUGAAGAGGAGAUGGAGAUCGCAGUGAGGGCAUGGCCUAGCCAGUCCAGCAUCCUCAGUGGAGACGAUGGGCUAAAGGAGCGCCCUGCGUCUUCCGCUAGCCAGGCCAGCUACGUGGUGAACGAGCGCCUACAGGAGCUGGUCAAGAUGUUUAAGGAGAGGACAGAAAGGGCCAAAGAGAAACUCAUAGACCCAGAUCACUCUGAUGAUGACAGUCCAACUGCCUCCCCUGCGAGAGCUCCAACACCACCUCCUGCUCCUCCAGAGGAGCCGAAGGAGGAGGAGAUAAAGGAGCAGCAACCCAAGCCUACAUUAUGCUGCAAGGUGAUGCCUCCUCGCUGGAUCAGAGCUCUGCUGCACUACCGCUUCCCCGCUAGCAUCGACCCCUUCACCAAUCUGGUCUAUGUGCUGUGGCUGUUUUUCGUCACCUUGGCGUGGAACUGGAACAUGUGGCUUAUCCCGGUGCGCUGGGCCUUCCCCUACCAGACCCCCAGUAACAUCUACCUGUGGCUACUCACUGACUAUCUGUGUGACCUCAUCUACAUCCUGGACAUCCUGGUCUUCCAGCCCCGCCUGCAGUUUGUCCGCAGUGGAGACAUAGUGUUUGACAAAAAGGACAUGAGAGUGAAUUACAUGAAAACCUUCCGGUUCAAGAUGGAUGUCAUCAGUCUUGUUCCACUGGAGUUGUUGUAUUUUAAAACUGGGAUCAACCCACUCCUCCGCUUCCCACGACUACUAAAGAUAAUGUCUUUCUUUGAGUUCAACGACCGUCUUGAGGGCAUCCUUACCAAAGCCUACGUUUACAGAGUGAUCCGGACCACCACCUACCUGCUGUACUGCCUGCACUGUAAUGCCUGUCUGUACUACUGGGGCUCUGCGUAUGAAGGUCUGGGCUCCACGCAGUGGGUCUAUGACGGACAGGGCAACAGUUACAUCCGCUGCUACUACUUUGCUGUGAAGACCCUAAUCACCAUUGGUGGACUGCCGGACCCCACAACGCUCUUUGAAAUCAUCUUUCAGCUCAUAAACUACUUUGUUGGAGUGUUUGCCUUUUCCAUCAUGAUUGGACAGAUGAGAGAUGUGGUUGGUGCAGCCACAGCAGGACAGACGUACUACAGAGCAUGCAUGGACAACACUGUCAACUACAUGGCCUCCUACCGUAUCCCUAAAGACGUGCAGAACCGGGUUAAAACCUGGUACAACUACACCUGGCAGUCCCAGGGCAUGCUGGAUGAACAGGAGCUUCUGGUUCAGCUCCCAGACAAGAUGAGGCUGGACAUCGCUGUGGAUGUCAACUAUGACAUUGUCAGUAAAGUGUCUCUCUUCCAGGGUUGCGAUAGACAGAUGAUCUUUGACAUGCUGAAGAGACUGAGGUCUGUUGUUUACCUCCCAGGGGACUAUGUCUGCAAAAAGGGUGAAGUUGGGCGGGAAAUGUACAUCAUCAAAGCCGGAGAGGUGCAGGUGGUGGGCGGGCCAGACGGGAAGACUGUGUUUGUCACACUGAGGGCGGGGUCAGUGUUUGGGGAAAUCAGCUUGCUGGCAGUUGGUGGAGGGAACAGGAGAACAGCAAACGUAGUGGCUCAUGGCUUCGCCAACCUGUUCAUCCUGGACAAGAAGGACCUCAAUGAGAUUCUAGUGCAUUACCCCGAGUCCCAGAAGCUGCUCCGCAAGAAGGCCAGGAAGAUGCUCACGAAAGAUAAGAAGCCUCCGAAGGAGCCGGCCCAGGUGAUCCCUCCUCGAACGGUCACGCCCAAGCUAUUCAAAGCUGCUCUGGAUGUGGCGCAUCAGAAAACAGGCCUCAAAGGGACCCUCGGCAAGAUUAAGGAGAAGAUCAACAAAUCCAGCGUUUCUCUACAGCCCUCCAUGUCCUCCUCCCUGCCUCCCUUGUCCCCAGUCUCUCCAGUCUCCAGUCUGGACCCAGAGCGCAAGGCUGACGCCACGUCACCAACCUUAGACAGCUCCACGCUGCUCUGCCCCGUCUCCCAUUGUCACGGAGAUGAGACACUCUCCAAGGAGCAGGGCCAAGUGGAGGGAGAAGUUGCAGGAGAGAGUGGGAAGAAGAAAGAAAAGAGAAAGGCAUGAGUUUUCUCCAAAAGCUUUAAAAGCUGUCUUCAUGUGGAGAAAGGGAUGCACUUUUUUGUCCCUCUGUACUUUACUGCAGAGAGGGAGACCAGAGAGAGAAGAGCCAUGGUUCCUAAAGAUCAUCCAAUUAUGUCUCAGGAGUCACAGACUCCGUUUCUGUUCCUUUAUACCCAUAGACUCUUCUUUUAGCUAACCCUUUGAUACUCAGUACACUGAGAUUACCAAAUUUGGAACACCUAUCUAAUAUUGAGUUCAACCGCUCCCUUUCACCCUCAGAACAGACUCAAUUUCUCAUGGCAUGGACUCUACAAGGUGUCGAAAGCAUUCCACAGGGAUACUGGCCACUGUUGACUCCAAUGCUUCCCACAGUUGUGUCAAGUUGGCUGGAUGUCUUUUGGGUGGUGGACGAUUCUUGAUACACACAGGAAACUGUUGUGUGAAACCCAGUGUUGCAGUUCUUGACACAAACCGGUGCGCCCAGCACCUACUACCAUAUCCCGUUCAAAGGCACUUAAAUAUGUUGUCUUGCCGAUUCACAAUCUGAAAGGCACACAUACACAAUCCAUUUCUCAAUUGUCUCAAGGCUUAAAAAUCCUUGAACCUGUUUGUUGCCUCCUCUUCAUCUACACUGAUUGAAGUGGAUUUAAUAAGGGAUCAUAGCUUUCACCUGGAUUCACCUGGUCAGUUUAUGUAAUGCAAAGAGCAGGUGUUCUUAAUGUUGUUGUGUAUACUCAGUGUAUAGGGCCUAGGCGACCUAAUUCCACAGGGAUGGAGAAACGGGUGCUAAACUGAUGUCUUUGAUAUUGCAGUAUAUGUUUGUGUUUACAAUCCCAGAGGUAAAUGUACCAAUCAGCAAUAAUUGACACAGACAUCAUCUCAUCAGGGGUAUGACAAGGUGGUCACCCAGGGUACAGCUGUGUGUGUGGGGGAGGUCCUCUCCAAGUCUUCUGUUCUGCCUGUUUUCAGAAAAACAAAUGCCUUCUAAACCCUAGUUUUUGUUCAUUUUAUUCCUUUUUUAAAAUGUAUUCAUUCAGUGAGCGGGGGGUGUGAAUGGGAAAUACUAUAAAAAUGUUGGAAUCUGAGGAAAUAUUUUGAAAUGUUUACGUUUUGUAAAGAUGACCAGUUAUUUAUAGUUUUGUUCAAUGGAAUGUUAUUAUUGCCUUAUUUAUCAUGGCCCUUGAUAGUGUUUCUGGGGUGAAUGGGUCAAUGAUGUAUAUAUUUUUCAUCUGAAAAUGUUGAAAUGAGUGUACAAUUGUUAUAACGGUCAGCUUGUCAAUGUACAUAUUGUUAUGUAUGCAGAAAGGUAGAAGUGCAGCUAAUAAUUUAAUCAAGACUGGUAAACUGUCAAUCAUGAGUUCACCAUGCCAGACAAUCAAAGAUUUACUUUUAGUCGGCAUCUAUACCUUACAAAAUCAUUUUGAAUUUAGCUGAACAAAUGAGUUACAACAGCUUUUGACACUGAUUGGUAUGUUUAAAAUAACACGUAUGUUUAAAAUGACUGUUUAUUUAAAAAAAUACUAACUUGACAGAUCAGAAGACGACUCAUGUCCACAAUUUAUACAUGAACAGUACAUGUUUUUAAGUUAGAGGUUUUCUUAUCUGUUGGAUAUACUUUUUAAUCAUACUGUUAACCAAAUGCUGUUUUCAAAAUGUUGUAAAUAGGAAAAUACUUAAACCCCUAAAUGUAGUUUUUCAGGAAGCAAUGCAAGGUGUAACAUAAUUGUAUAGAUCCUAAAUUCACCAAUGGAAUACAUGGGGUCUAUAAACCAGCUACCGAAACUGCCAGACAAUGUGUAGCUUGUAUGUGAAUAUUGUUAUGUUGGUUGUUGAUUACCUUCUUUGUGUAUAUAGUGUAGGUGACAAAAGCUGUCAUGCAACAGAUGCUGAGAAAAAAACUUUUGUGAUACACCUGCUUUUAAUAGAUGGGUUAGCUAACGAUGUUCACGCUUCAAUGGGGCAGAAGUCCAUGAGUUGUUGUGAUUCUGGAUCGCCAUGUAGCCACCAACAAUGACAAGAAACUGCCAUGUGGGGUAUCGCAAGUGACCUGUUUCAUCUUGUUCUUGAUGCCUUGUUUUGGCUGAUUUCAUGUCAAUGCUAAUAUGGCUCAAAUUCACUACCUAGCUAACCAACAACAGUUAUCAAAUGCUCAUUGUGCAAAUAUAUUUAUGUUUUCAAUAAACAUUGGAGACAAUAUAGUUUACAUUGUCAACAAUUUAAGCCAACCGCGUCUGUUUUGCCUCAUAGUUGCGCAGGAGUUGAUUUUGUUUAAGUGAUAAUGCCCGAGAAGCCGGCGUUUGGAGGAUAUAUUGGCACGGUGUUGUUAGGCCCGAGAUAAAGUUGAGGGCUGACAAACCGUGCCAAUAUAUCCUCAGAACAUCAGCUUCGAGGGAUUAACACUUUGGAUUGUUUACUAUUUCUACAUUGUAGAAUAAUAGUGAAGACAUCAAACCUAUGAAAUAACACGUGGAAUCAUAUAGUAACCAAAUAUAUUUUAUAUUUUAUAUUCUUCAAAUAGCCACCCUUUUCCUUGACAGCUUUGCACACUUGGCAUUCUCUCAACCAGCUUCACCUGGAAUGUUUUUUCCAACCGUCUUGAUGGAGUUCCCACAUAUGCUGAGCACUUGUUGACUGGUUGUCCUUCACUCUGCGGUCCAAUUCAUCCCAAACCAUCUCAAUUUGGUUGAGGUCGGGGAAUUGUGGAUGCUAGCUUUCCAAAUGUUUAAAAUAAAAAAUAUGCUAGACAGGGUGGGAUCUUAUUGUAUUGGUAAAAAAUAAUGAGAUAAAUGUUGGUGGAAACACUUGAUAUGAAUAUUGAUUUAAUAAAUAUAAUAAUAUAAGACAUCC